AUGGCGGCGGAGGCGGAGGCGGCCGGGGAAGGCCCGUCCGUCCUGUUCCUGCACCCGGACCUGGGGCUGGGCGGGGCGGAGCGGCUGGUGGUGGACGCGGCUCUGGCGCUGCGGGCGCGGGGCUGCCGGGUGCAGAUCUGGACGGCGCACUACGACGCCGGGCGCUGCUUCGCGGAGACGCGGGGCCUGUCGGUGCGGCGGGCCGGCGGGUGGCUGCCCCGCAGCCUGUGGGGUCGAGGCCAGGCGCUGUGCGCCGCCCUGCGCAUGGUUUUCGUGGCGCUGUACGUCCUGCUGCUCAGCGGCGAGCGGGUGGACGCCUUCGUCUGCGACCAGGUGUCUGCUUGCAUUCCUGUACUUAGACUGGCCAGAACCCGUAAGAAGGUUUUGUUUUACUGUCACUUUCCUGAUCAGCUUCUGACCAAGAGAGAGUCUCUCCUAAAGCGCAUCUACAGACUACCGCUGGACUGGCUGGAAGAGUACACGACUGGCAUGGCAGACUGUAUUGUUGUGAACAGCAGGUACACUGCCAGUGUGUUCAAGGACACGUUUAAGUCUUUAUCUCAUGUAAACCCAGACGUCCUCUACCCGUCGCUCAACAUCAGUAGCUUUGAAACAGUAGUUCCUGCGGAUAUAGCUGACCUGAUACCAAAAAAGAAAAAGUUCUUGUUUCUUUCCAUUAAUAGGUAUGAGAGAAAAAAGAAUCUAGUGUUGGCACUUGAAGCUUUGUGUGAGCUUCGAGGAAGGCUUGAUUCUCAUGAGUGGAAUGAAGUUCACCUGGUUAUGGCAGGUGGUUAUGAUAAAAGAGUCCUGGAGAACGUGGAGCACUACGAAGAGCUGAGGAGACUUGCAGCCAAGCUUAGUGUUAAUGACCAUGUCACUUUUCUGAGAUCGUUCUCAGAUGAACAGAAGAUCUCACUUCUUAGUAACUCUGUAUGUGUGCUUUAUACGCCAAGCAAUGAACACUUUGGCAUUGUUCCUCUGGAGGCAAUGUAUAUGAGAUGUCCAGUUAUAGCAGUUAAUUCAGGCGGUCCUUUAGAAUCAAUCUUGCAUAAUGUUACAGGAUUUUUGUGUGAUCCUCUGCCAACGCAAUUCUCUGAGGCCAUGGAAAAAAUUGUGAGAGAUCCUCUCUUAAAGGACACAAUGGGAGCAGCUGGGAGAGCCAGAGUUAUGGAAAAAUUUUCCUCAGAAGCAUUCACAGAACAGCUGUACCAAUACAUAUGCAGAUUAAUACAAUAAAAUUAUAUUCCCAUAUUAUAUUUUACAGCUUUGUAUCUCUAAUCUGUAUGGGAGACCAGUAUUCAUUGUGACUAUGAUGAAGAACCUGAGACAUCUGAAGUUCCUUGUUAUGCUUCUUGUGCUGCCUUAUGUUGCUUGAUACAAAGAACGAGCAAAACAUGUCCCACUGUCUUAUUAGAAGUUUAAAAUUGUCAUGUGGUAGGCUGAUCUGCCAUUGUAGGAGUUCUUUUGUGUACUGUGCCUUGGAAAAAUGCAUAGUUAAAUGGCAGUAACUUACUAGGAAAUCAUUGCACAUUUUACUUUAAUACUGUAUGAUAUGACUGAUUUCAGUUUACAAAAUGUGGAUUUGUACAGAUAAGACAAGCGCAGCUUUAUUUUUUAGAUGUUUCAAACGUUCAUCAGUAACUUAAGUGAAAGAGCUAUCUAUCUCAGCUGAAGUAUGGAGAGAAUUGCACAGUCCAACCAACCGCGUGUUUAAAAGAACCAACACCGUUAGGGAUAUAAAUGGUAUAGUUUAAAAAUGAUCGACCUUUUACACUACUUCUUAAAUUGCGUUAUGUUGUCACAUUGGGUGUCAUAAACAAGUGUACAGGUGUGUGAGCAGGAGGUAGCUGAGACUAGAAUAAAACCAAGGACACCAGGCUACCUCAGGCAAAAACAUUAGUGAUGAAAUUCUAUGUCUAUGCAGAUAGCUGCAGUGCAUAAGGAUGUAAUUUUACUUUGAGAGUUUCUGGUCUGUAGAGACUUAAAUGAUAUCCCUUUCACUUAACAUUUCAUUCUAAAUGACAGCACACUUUUAAAAAAUGUGUUAAUCUGGAGCAGGCAAUAAAGACAUUUUAUUUUGCUUGUUUUAGUGGUAA